CCCUACUUCAUAGAAAGCCGCCAGUCCGCCACCGAUAAAAGCCGUGCUGCGUCGUGAAUCCGAAACCCUAGCAUCCGGAAAUCCGAUUCUCAAACAGCGGCAGCAAUGGUGUGCAUAAGAAAAGCGACGAUCGAUGACCUGUUGGCGAUGCAGGCUUGCAACUUGCUCUGCCUUCCGGAAAAUUACCAGAUGAAGUAUUACUUCUACCACAUCCUUUCCUGGCCGCAGCUCCUCUACGUUGCUGAGGACUACAAUGGCCGGAUCGUCGGCUACGUGCUGGCGAAGAUGGAGGAAGAGACGAACGAGUGCCACGGGCACAUAACUUCUCUCGCUGUUCUCCGCACUCACCGAAAGUUAGGGCUCGCCACUAAGCUCAUGAGCGCCGCUCAGACUGCCAUGGAACAGGUGUUUGGGGCAGAGUAUGUCUCGCUGCAUGUGAGGAAGAGCAACCGGGCAGCUUUCCAUCUCUACACUGAAACCUUGGGAUAUAAAAUCCAUGAUAUAGAAGCAAAGUAUUACGCUGACGGAGAGGAUGCAUAUGACAUGAGGAAGCAGCUGAAGGGGAAGCAAUAUCACCACCACCAUCAUCAUCACCAUGCUGGUGGUUGCUGUGCACCGGAGCCCAAAUCCUUGGAAGCAAAACCAGAAUCUAAAUCUGAGGCAAAAUCCAGCACCAAAGCUUAAGCGAGAGUGCAACAUAAUGGUGGAAGUUCUAGGUGAAGCGGGGAUAAAUUGUUAUGCUCUUCUUAUUGCUUAAAACUGCAUUGCCCUUUGUACUAGUUUGAUUGUACUAGCAGUAAUAAUGCACUGGAGAUUGGAGAAUAUGUAUUGUUUUCAUGCGUUUGCUAGUUGAUGUCCGUGCUAAUACAGUACUGAGUAUCGAAUUUAGGUAUCUUGGUUCACUUUUGGUCUAUUACAGUAUGCUAUCUCUUUUUACAAGUUCAUCUCUAUUCUGUUAUCUGAACUUGGGGUAUCUCCAAUUGAUGCAUGCCUAUUCAUUUCAUUAUUAUUAGUUUGAUUUAAUUUCAUCAGUAGCUUGAUUCUUCCCAGGCGCUACGUCUAUCUCCUGUGUUGCUAACAUUGUUUUGAUGUAGUGAUGGAAUAGCAAACUGGAGCUCCUUUGGUUCUUCAGGUUCUACGCAUUUAGUUUGUGCAUGGGUUUGCCACAGAUUAAUCUCAACUUUCGUUAAUCUAACCAACAUCUACUACAUGGUUUCCAUGGCUAGCUCUGCCAUGAUUGGCAGUAAGGGUAUAUAGCUGUAGAUGUUUUUAAGAUUUGUCAGACCGCAAAUUUCACCGCAUUGGGGCACCUCGAGGUUUGAAGAAACCUUGCCACAACUCGGCCUUCAGUUUUGUAUUCCUCAUGGAGAAGCGACCUUCUUUGUUCUUGCUGAACCUUCUUGCAACCUUUAUGCAUUGAUAAAAGCGGAUAUGAACCCCAGUAUUAUCAAUGUACAACAAAUAUUUUAGAGACAAUACCCUAUCUCCUGGUUGGAUCGAAAAUACCGGGUAAUGGACUCCAACUGGUAAGCGUUUUUAAUAGUAUGACAUAGUUGAACCAUAGUCAAACCAUGAUUUUAGUAUAAAAUACCCUAUCACUU